UUUUUUCUCAGCCGCUCGCGAAGAAAACCCUAACGAAUAUCAGACGUCGUCCGGCUCGCCGCCGCUUCAGCAGAGACAAUGGUGAAGUAUUCAAGAGAACCGGAAAAUCCUACCAAAUCUUGCAAGGCUCGGGGAUCGCAGCUGCGAGUCCACUUCAAGAACACUAGGGAGACAGCCCAUGCCAUCCGGAAGCUUUCCCUCAAUAAGGCGAAGCGAUACUUGGAAGAUGUGAUUGCCCACAAGCAAGCUAUACCUUUCACCCGGUUCUGUGGAGGAGUUGGCCGAACUGCUCAGGCAAAAAAUCGCCAUUCAAAUGGCCAGGGGCGUUGGCCUGCAAAGUCGGCCAAGUUCAUCUUGGAUUUACUGAAAAAUGCUGAAAGCAAUGCUGAGCUUAAAGGCUUGGAUGUGGAUUCCCUCUUCAUUUCUCACAUCCAAGUCAACCAGGCUCAAAAGCAGAGGCGUCGCACGUACAGAGCUCACGGAAGAAUUAAUCCAUAUAUGUCUUCCCCAUGCCACAUUGAAUUAAUCUUGUCCGAGAAGGAAGAGCCGGUCAAGAAGGAGCCGGAAUCUCAGCUGACGACCAGCAACAAACCAAGGAAGGCUUAGGAACGAGGGUAACCUUAGUGAUUUCGUGUUACUUGAGUUUUUAUGGAUGUGGUUUUGGACUAUGAGUAUUACUUUUCACAUUACAAUGAGCAAAUUUUGGAUUGUUUGGAUGUUUUUGUGUUGUUUUCGAUAUAAUCAGUAAUCGGUUCGUUAAAA